CGAAGAGAUAAGGUGUCGAACGAUGACCUGCAAUCCGUAAAGGAACCAUAUUGUCCACCAGACUGUGUCCGAGUGCAAGAGCAAGAUGAUGAUUCAGAUGAAGAAGAAGGAUCCGACGACAUUCCUUUUCCUAGUUUCUUCAAUCAGCUCGACGAAGAUGUGACAGAUGAAGAGUUCAUGUUCCUUGAAGCCACGAUGCAGGGGUACUCGUUUGAUAGCAUCAUGCUUAAACGGAAGAAGCAAACGGAAGAUGCUGACACGGUGGAGCUACCAAUUCCUACCAAUGAUUGCGAAGACCCAAUGGGAGCGGAAGAAGACUUUGUUGAGUAUACUGUUCACAUACAAAGUCAUACCGUCGCGGACGCAACCGGUGCCGGAAUAGGCCAUGGUCAAAAGCCAUUUCACAUUCGUGAUAUUGUUGAGGUUCUGUUGACUAAGACUACCGCACGAGCCAGGGAAGCAAUUUUUGAAUACAACAAAAGGAGCGAAGGUGCAUGA